CUUCCGGUCUCCUGAAGGGGAACGCCGGAAAAAGGGGGUCAUAGGUCGGUAAAUAUUGGUGAUGUCACGGAGUGAAGAUGGCAGAAGGGGAGGAUGGAAGCUGGUGGAGAAGCUGGUUACAGCAGAGUUACACUUCAGUACGGGACAAAUCUGCAGAGGCUCUAGAAUUCAUGAAGAGGGACCUGAACGAGUUCACCCGUGUUGUACAGCAUGAUACGGCAUGCACAAUCGCAGCAACAGCCAGUGUGGUGAAGGAGAAGCUAGUUGUGGAGGGAUCUUCUGGGACCACAGAGAAAGUAAAGAAAGGGUUAUCCGACUUCCUCGGUGUAAUUUCAGACACAUUUGCCCCAUCUCCUGACAAAACCAUUGAUUGUGAUGUGAUCACUCUUAUGGCUACCCCAUCUGGUACAACAGAACUAUAUGACAGUACCAAGGCACGCUUGUACAGUCUGCAGUCAGAUCCUGCCACUUACUGCAAUGAGCCUGAUGGUUCCCCUGCAGAGUUUGAUGCAUGGCUUGCUUAUUGGGACCCAGAGCAAAGAAAAGCAGAAAUUUCAGAGCUUUUGGUAACAAGCCCAUCUAUCCGUGCUCUUUUCACCAAAAUGGUGCCAGCAGCUGUGUCUCAUUCUGAAUUCUGGCAGAGGUACUUCUAUAAAGUCCACCAGCUGGAGCAGGAGGAGGCAAGAAGAGAUGCCCUAAAGCAGAGGGCUAAUCAGAGUGUACAUUCCGAGGAGCCAAAAUGGGAGGAAGAAGAGGAGGAUUUUGUGGGAGCUGCCUUAACACCUGCACUAAAACUGAAAGAGAAGUGUGUGAUAUCACCACCAACCAUUCCUACCCUGCAUGUAGAAGACAAAUCAGAAAAAACGGCUGAACUGAACAGAGACCACACCUCUGUUACGAGUCCUUCAGAGAGCAGUGAAAGUAUUUCUCCUAUUACUCAAAUUGCAAACCCAGAAUAUAUUGAGCAGACCUCUUCAAAAGAUCCCAGUCUCUGCACUCUUACAGUAACCAAGGAGAAAAUUGCAGCUGAAACAGACAAAAGCUCCGCACCUGUAGAGCAAACGGGAAAAUCAAAUGCACAAAUGGGGACUCACAGAGAAGAUCCACCAUCUGAUCUUCGUGUGUUUGAGUUAAACAGUGACAGUGGCAAAUCGACCCCGUCUAACAAUGGCCAAAAAGGAUCCAGCACAGAUGUCAGCGAGGACUGGGAAAAAGACUUUGACAUGACAGAGGAAGAAGUUCAGAUGGCAUUAUCUGGGGUUGAGGUGUCUGGUGAGGUGGAAGACGAAGAUUGGGAGAACUGGGAAUGAAUGGCGUACAGAUUGUGUAUAUUGAGUGUACAUCUGGAUACUAUAUCAGGAAAUUGACCCUGUUUGUCCUCUCAUCUUUACCCACGUGCUGCUACAAUUGAACAACAAAUGCCCAGCUUUUUGACAUCAUGACAUGCGAAAUGGGCAGAAGCCAGUGACAGAGUGUACUGGCACUGUGGGGGUUACCUACUUAGAUUUGCAGCUUGCAUAUUGACCCCUUCAUUGCCAGGGCCCUGGAUAUAUCUGUCUACACAAGUAGGGGGUUAUAAAAUACCAAGUGGUAUAUGCUACAAAAAGGGUAAUUUUCCAGUAUGUGACUUGGGGUUGCUAGUACAAACCUUUGCAGCAGAAGUCAGAUCUAGACAAAAAGGAUACCAGGUAAAGUGCAUCCUUCCUCGUGAAUGACUUGUGAUGGCAUAUACAUGUACACAUAACUUUCUGUGUCAUAGUUCAGACUGCGCCUAUCUUGUCCCACUGUCCUUGCAGCUACUUUGUCUUAUAUUAUUAAAAGCUUAGUUGCUGUAUGGCAGCACUGUGAGGCAGUGUAUUAAAAAAAAAAAAGAGUGUAGAUGUGCACUCCUGAUCCUCUCCAUUGUGUAGCCGGAGUAGCUAGAGAUCUUCUUUUAUUAAGACAGGAGAAUACUAAUGAAACAGGGACUGGGAGUAGAUUACAGUAGAUUGCAGAACUGUGCAGCAAGUUUGCUUCUGGAGGGUGUGGAGAGGAGUUUUCUUUUACAUUCUCACUGGUUAAAGCUUGUAAUUCUUGCACACUUGGAAACUGGAUCCCAGUUUUGCAAAGCAUUGUGAGCCUUAGUUAUGUGCAGCAGCCUUUCUUAUAGUGAAUUCCUCAUCCUUAUAGCCUGUUAAUUGUUUGUGCAAUAUAAAAUAUAUAUAUAAAUUCUAUUUUAAGUUAUAGGGUUGCAGGGAGAAGGGGCUGUUUUCCAUACAAAAAUUGCAUACAGAUGCUCGAACAGCUUUCCCCCCCCCUUUUGUAAUUAAGACUUUCUCCAGAAUCUUUUACAAAACUUGCACUUGCCUGCUAUUAAAGAAAUGAUGAGGUGCA